GAGCACGCGGGGGGCCGCCGCGGCGUCUCACGGGUCAUUUGCGUGCAGUCACGGCCCCGCGCCGACUCCCGGACGCGCGGCUCGCUCGCUGGCUCACACGCGCUGGACUCCUGAUGCCGCUCCGCCGGCGCAGCCCCGGGGAGCCCGAGAUCUGCUUGUCUUUCCCAGACACCCUGGAGUCUCCUCAGGCCGGCCCGGCGGGCGCGCACCUGCCGGCCGCCCCUGACCUCGCGGGCCAGGCGUCCCCCGAGGCGGAGAAUAUGGCCCAGCCCAAGCCCGACUGCCGCUCACCUGUCGGCCUCGACUGCUGCAACUGCUGCCUGGCCCUGGCCCACCGGAGCAGGCUCCAGCGCGACAGCAGCGGGGACAACAACCCGGGCAGCCCCACCGUGAGCAACUUUCAGAAGCUGCAGGAGAAGCUGAUCUUUGAGAACCUCAACACCGACAAGCUCAACAGCAUAAUGCGGCAGGAUUCGCUAGAGCCCGUGCUGCGGGACCCCUGCUACCUGAUCAACGAGGGCAUCUGCAACCGCAACAUCGACCAAACCAUGCUCUCCAUCCUGCUCUUCUUCCACAGUGCCUCCGGAGCCAGCGUGGUGGCCCUAGACAACAAGAUCGAGCAGGCCAUGGAUCUGGUGAAGAAUCAUCUGAUGUACGCUGUGAGAGAGGAGGUGGAGAUCCUGAAGGAGCAGAUCCGGCAGCUGGUGGAGAAGAACUCCCAGCUGGAGCAUGAGAACACUCUCUUGAAGACCUUGGCGAGCCCAGAGCAGCUGGAGAAGUUCCAGUCCUGUCUGAGCCCCGCGGAGCCAGCUCCCGAAACCCCAGAAGCACCCGAGGCCCCCGGUGGUUCUGCGGUGUAAGUGGCUCUGUCCUCAGGGUGGGCAGAGCCACGAAACUUGUUCUACCUAGUUCUUCCCAGUUUGUUUUUGGCUCCCCAAGCGUCAUCUCACGUGGAGAACUUUACACCUAGUAUAGCUGGUGCCAAGAGAUGUCCCAAGGACAUGGCCACCUGGGUCCACUCCAGUGACAGACCCCUGAUAAAGAGCAGGUCCCUGAAAGCUGAGUUGCAUGGGGCCUCGUCACCCCAAGCCAGCGAGAUUCUAAAGCCACCAUGCCCUGGGGGCUCCCAGGGCCUGGGCAACUUAGCUGCAACUGGCAGAGGAGAAAGGUAGUUUGAGACAGGCCGCCAGUUUGCUCCAGAAAGUCUAAGGGGUCUGUUUUUUCAUUUCCGUGGACAUCUUCCACAGCUUCACCUGACAAUGACUGUCCUAUGAAGAAGCCAGUUGUGGUUUAAGCAGAGGCAGCCUCUCUCUCCUCCCCUGCCUCACCAAGGCAGGGCCACAGUUGGGAGAGAUUGAGCCAAGUCAGCCUUCUGUUGGUUAAUAUGGUGUAAUGCAUGGCUUUGUGCACAGCCCAGUGUGGGAUUACGGCUUUGGGAUGACCGCUUACAAAGUUCUGUUUGGUUAGUAUUGGCAUAGUUUUUCUAUAUAGCCAUACGUGCGUAUAUAUACCCAUAGGGCUAGAUCUGUAUCUUAGUGUAGCGAUGUAUACAUAUACACAUACACCUACGUGUUGAAGGGCCUAACCAGCUUUGGGAGUAUUGACUGGUCCCUUAUCUCUUAAGGCUAAUUCUUUGACUGUGUUCAUUUACCAGGUUGAUCCAGUUUGUCCUUUAGGUUAAGGGCAAAGAGUAGGUUAAAACUAAAGAGUAAAGGUUAAAACUAAUUAAAAGAGUAGGUUAAAACUAAAGAGUAAAGGCGGGGAGGGGGGCCACCCUCUGAAUGCCUUGCUGCUGCAACCUUUGCCCCAUCUGUCCCCUGAAUACAUGUGAGGUCCUCUUUUGAAUGCCAAACCCACCAUUCACUGGUGCUGACUACAUAGAAUGGGGUUGAGAGAAGAUCAGCUGGAACUCCACAUUGUCAUUCGAAAACUUUUUUUUUUUUUUUUUUUUUUUUUUGGAAAACUUGCAAGUGAACGGAAUGAUUAGCUUGCCUGUGUCUUCUUGUGGACAAGGGAUAGACAAGGGAAUGGCUUUGACCCGACGGUGCCUGGGUGAUGUGCUCAGGGAGCUUGUCUCUAGGGAGUUCUGUGGCAGUGAACACUUUCCACUUUCUGACACCGUAUCCUGAUGUUAUGUCUCCAGGAUUUGGAGUUUGAUGUUUCAAAUGUGGCUUGAAAUUUCAAUAAACGUUGCUCUUGUUUUUGUUUUCUAAAAAUAAA